AACCCUUUGCACAAGGAUAUUCUGCUGUCCUUCAUCCUCCGUACUUGAUAUGCCAUCAGAAGUGCGCCCUGAGGACGGAUAAUCCACGGCCCAGGUAUGGCUGUCAUCUCGUACUCGAGUCUCGCUGGUCUAUUGGUAUUGGCAAGCUUGGGCGGCCUUGCAAUACUCGUUAUCUAUCGCUUGUUCUUCCAUCCCCUCUCCAAGAUACCUGGGCCGAAAGCUGCAGCGAUCUCUCGCUUUUAUGACUUCUAUUAUGAUUGUAUCCAGGGUGGAAAGUUUGUAUUCAAGAUUGAAGAACUCCAUAAACAAUAUGGACCCAUUGUACGGAUAGGCCCCAACGAGGUCCAUAUUCAUGACCCGGACUUUUUCGACGAAUUCUACAAUGUGACUAGCCGCCUGGAUAAAGAUCCCUGGUACUAUGCUUUCAUCGCGUCGAAGGAUGCUGGCUUUGGCACCUCCAAUGUCGACCUCCAUCGUGCCAGGCGAAAGGCGAUGAGUCGAUUCUUUGCAACCUCAGCCAUCUCAAACCUGGAAUCAUCUUCGCGGGAAAAGGUGUCCCAGCUUUGCCAGCGUCUGAAGAGUAUGCGUGAUGAGGGAAAGCCCGUCAAUCUUUCCAAUGCCUUUCGCUGCCUUGCUGCCGACUCUGUCACCAAUUAUUGCAUGCCGAAAGCCUUCAAUCUCCUUGAUUCAAUUGACUUCGCCGAUGACUACAAUCGCCAGGCGCGUGUCAUCUCUCACAUUGCCGCAUGGCACCGUCAUAUUCCAAUCAUCAUUCCUAUAUUUAUGCGGAUGCCGAGAUGGCUUGUCGCAGCUACCUCGACGGAAGGAGGAGUGAUGGCUUUUGACUUCCAGACAGAUUUGGCGCGACAGGCGGCGGAUGCUCUGCAUGCAGAGAAACGAAGCGACAAAUCCGUGCUUGAUGGCAUCAUUAACUCGGACGCCAUUCCAGAGAGCGACAAGACUGUGGACAGAAUCACGCAAGAAGCCCGCACAUUAGUCGGCGCCGGGAGUGAGACCACCGGAAAUACUCUGGAGACCAUUACAUUCCAUGUUCUCGCCAACCCGGACAAACUUCGCCGCCUUAAGGCAGAGUUGGCUGGAGCGGUUGAAGCAUCCAAGGGGAAAGGAGACCCUUUGACCGAUUACAGCACGCUGCAACGUCUGCCUUACCUUACUGCAGUGAUCAAUGAAGGAUUGCGGAUUGCAUGCAGCGUUUCGGGCCGACUCGCGAGAGUGAAUCCUCGACAGGCGUAUACGUACAGCUCGUAUGAGCUACCUCCUGGGACAGUCAUCAGCAUGGCGAUUCGAAGCAACCAUACCUUUGAGCAAGUGUAUCCCGAACCAUUGUCAUUCAAACCCGAACGGUGGCUGGUGACUGGCGAGGAACUGAAAAGGCUCGAGAAGUACUUUGUUCCUUUUGGACGUGGUGGGAGGAGCUGCAUCGGCAAGGAACUUGCAAUCAUGAAUCUCUAUCUGACCAUUGCAAGUUUCUUUUAUGAGUUUGAUGCCGAACUGUUUGAGACGACGAGGAAGGAUAUUGAGAUUGAACACGACUACUUUUCUCCAUUUCCCGCUGUAGAUUCGAAGGGUUUGCGGGUCAUGCUCAAGUAGUCCCAACAGGGAGCAGAGAGCCUGUUCAUAGCGAGCGGUGAAGGAGCGUCAGGUAUUCCACGUAUCAGUGUCCUGAAGAUGGUUCUAUGGCCCUAAGCAGGGUCGUACCAACAUAACACGAUGAAGCAUAAUGGAUGUUGUUGCCUGACAGACGGUCAGAAAGUGAAACGGCACAGCUUGCGAGAUACGAGGUAC